AUGGUUGUGAUAAAACGAUUCAAUAGUACUGUAAGUAAAUUACCUACUAUUUCAUCGACAUUAAUAUUGUCGAGAAAUCCUAUAAUAACGAGAGAAUUGCCUGCAUUCGAACAACAAUAUUACAAUUAUCAAAAUGAAUUAUGGAAAAGAUUAAUGUGGACAUUUCCCAAAUGGUACUAUUAUAGAGAUGGAACUUUAGGAGAUCAAAGAUUUAAAGAAUUGAAUAAACCUCCAGUUUUUAAUAAUCCUAAAUUGGAAUAUACUGAAGGAAGACCAGAUAUCAAACAAUUAAGAGAUCGUAGAUUCAAACAAGUCAUCAACUUACCUAAAUCUUAUAAACAAGCAGAAGAUGGUAGUGAAAUAGUUGAUGAAGAAAUUCAAGAUAAUUUAUCAAGAAAAAUCAAUCCAAAUUCCAGAAUAACAAAAGCUGAUGAAUCAAAAGACUUAUCAAGUUUAGAAAGACAAUUAUCUAAAACAUUAUAUUUAAUCAUCAAUGAAAAUGGUUGGAAAUUACCAACUUUUAAAUCUGAUACUCAAACUCCUUUACAUAAAGUAGCUGAAGAAGGUUUGUUUAAUAUAGGAGGUGAAGAAAUCAAUUAUUUCAAUGUUUCAUCAAAACCUUGUCAUCAUAUUAAAGGAAGUGAUCAAAUUGAAUUCUUUAUAAAAUCACAUAUUUUAAGUGGUUCUUUUAAACCAAAAAAUUUGAAAUUUUUGUGGGUAACUAAAGAUGAAUUAAGUGAAUAUUUGAAUGAAGAUUAUUAUAAACAAAUUAAACACUUAUUAAAUGAGUAA